AUAGCGCAAUCGUAGAUGGAGAAGAAAAGAAAAAACAAAAAGGUAAAAUUCGCAUUUGGUGAUACGUCGAACUAUGCAAAGAACUAUUCAGAGGAGGCUAAUGCGGAUGAUGGACGGAACUUAGUAAGAUUACACGAUCCUGAAGUUAAAAGGAAGCUAACUGCUUUCACGAGCAAACUGAUCGAUAUGCUAGAUGAUAGCAGCGUACAAAAUGUGAAAGAAGACGAAAUAGAAAUUUGCAAAUGUCCGUUUAACUCGCUCUAUGUGGACAAAAAUGUAUACCAGCCAACCAUCGUUGUUGAAAGCAAAAAUGUGAAGCGAAAUAAACAUCUGUUCUCUAUGUAUGAUGAAGAAACUGCGGAAAUGAUUAUGGUGGAAGAGCUGAACAAGAGCAAAAAGGCUACCACGAGCAGUAGUACAAGCCCAGCGAAAGAUAAAAAAGGAAAUAAAAGCAAAGGGCUAACUAAGGAAGAUCUAGAAAUGGAAGAAAUAAAGAAACAAAACGAGAUAAGGAUAAAAGUACACGCAAUAGUGGAACGAAAUAAAUAUAUCCUACGGUGUAUUAAAAAAAUGAGUUACAUUGAUGAUAUUUACGACACGAAGUAUGUAAACCUAUUUAUUAAAAAAAUUAUGGCUUUUUUGAAAAACGAUUUAACUAGCAGAUAUUCACAGGCCUAUUUGAAUAAGAUAAUUCAGAACAUGAUAAGCACAAAAUUGUUGACUUGCAAAAAUAAGAUUACGAGAUGUUUGUACAAAAUAAGUAAGUACAACAAGGCAGACGAGUCAGCACUCAUCAUUUUCAGCUCCUUCAAUAUGAGUGAAAAGAUAUCCUACGUACUGACGUUAUUUUUAUUCCCCAUAGUACUACACAGUAUUAGCAUAAUAAAUGAUAAGGACGUAACUCUGAAUAUUUUGAAGACGCUGGAAAUUCUCCUUCACUCAAAAACCAAAAUUAAUGAUGAAGAUGCGAUGAAGUGUUUACAAAUUUCGUUUGAGAAGUAUCCCGAUCUGGACGUAGAAUUGGAGUCCUUCCUUGAUAACUUCAACUCGUAUUUGCUAAAUGAAAAAAAUGUAAAGGCGCUCCUCGAACUUUGCAUAACGGAGAAUGAAAAACGUAGGAACGUUAUCAUGAAAUCGUUGUACAAAUUUGUGAGAGAUGAGGAUGCCAAAGGAGACACAAACUCAUUUGACGCCAUUUUUAACAACGAAUUUAUACACCUAUAUAUGAAUAUUUUUCAGAAUGAUUACAACGAGGAGACGCACAAAUGUUGCGAAGAAAUGAUUCGCACUUUGGGGAUUGCUCCCGUGUCAGAUCAAUACAAGCUAAUAGAUUUGCUGCAGAAAGAGUGUAGCGAUUUUCAAAAUAUGAUCUGUAAAACCAUUGUGGGAUCAACGAAUAGGAAAAAAACGAAGGAACUACUUUUGCAGCUAACAUCCAAGUAUAUAACGUUUAAGGAGUAUGGAAAAAUUGGAAUAUUGAAAACGAUGGAAGAGCUGGCCAAGGAACAUUUUGUUAUCCUCAUGGACGAUGUAGAAUUUAUUUUAAAUUUUCUGUUAGGUUUAUGUUUAGAAGAAAAAAGCGACAUUUCGAAAAUUAAAGAGUUUGUCCUUAUGUGCGGUUCCUCCGUGAUUAACUCGUAUAAUGAGUAUUUGCUUUGGAGUAAAAGGAAGGCGACCAAAAAGAAGGGGAACAAAAAAGGUCCAAAGAGUGGAACGAGCAAAAAUGCCAAGGGGAAGAAGAAGUCCCCAAGUGGAAAACACCAGCUGGUCGAAUCGGAAGAGGAAAACUAUGCACAGGAAGAUGACGAUUUUAAGUAUUACUCCUCAGAUGGUUCUGCAUCAUCCACGGAGGUCAGCAGUAGAGAAAAUUCGAAAAAUGAAAAUAAAGAGUUAGAAGAAGCCUUCCAGAGGAUAUACAAAGUUCUGAACAAAUAUCGCGACAACAAAAAGAGUAACAACAAAAGUGUGGUUGACUUGGUCGUUGUGAUGUUUUAUGGGUGCUUAGGAGCUAACUUGAAAAAGGAAUCCCUUGAGUUGUUAAACAAGUUGAUAGAACAGAUUCUGCACAAAGAUACGGACAAUUUUACCCAGAUAGAGAUAAGCAGCAUAAUCCCUAAAUUUAUAGAAAAUUUAAAAAGCGAUAAGGAAGACUUUGAUGAGGAGUACGAAGAUGAGGAGCUUGAAGAGUUCGAUCAGAUGAACCCAAAUAUGACAAGGUCAGUAAUUAGUAGGAUGAACAGUGCGAAUAAGAAAAAAACAGUCACUUUUUACAUCGAGGAGAAGGUACAUAGCUCUCCUAAGGGGGAAAAAGGCGGAGCAGCCGCGGCAGCAGUAGAUGGUGACAAAAAGGGUGCAAGUGUAGCGGCAUCUGGUGAAGGAAAAGAAAGCGAAAGUGAGACCCAACCCGGGGGAGGAAAAAAAGGAAAGAAGAAGACCAAGGGGGACAAAGGAAACAACAAAAGUAGUAGUAGUAGUAGUAACUCUCUUAGCUGUAGUGCCCGCACAGAUGGACUGAUUUACCUGGAAAAUUACGAUGUAGGUAUAUUGGUAGAAAAAAUAUUUUCCAUUAUUCAAACCCACAAAGAUUUGAAAGUGAGAAAAGGGUGCUGCCUACUCCUAGGAAGUGUUAUAAAAGCACACGGCAUGCAUAUACUUAAGAGGUUCAACAUUUUGGGAAAAAUUAACUGCAACAUAUAUUCAGAAGAUGUAAUUAAGAGGCAGAGUUUUUACCUUACCUAUGGAUAUUUAUUCAAAGUGUUGAAGAUAAAAUUCGAGCCGUACAUUUUAAAAAAUUUCAAAUUGUUGCUAGAAUGUUACAAGGAUAACGUAAACAAUAUAAAGGUCCUUGGAAUAAGUGUCAUUGAAGAAAUUUUAAAUGACUUAGGUCAAUAUGGAUUGAAGAAAAUUUUACCCUUCAUAAUUUUUAGCUUAAAAAAUUCGAGCAUUAGAAAUAAAGACAUAGUGUCCUAUUUAGACACCCUACAUUUAAUCAUUUCCAAAUUUGACAUCAUCUGUUAUGUGGACAAUCCGACGUUGGCUAAUUUGGUGAACUUACUGUGCGAGUUGGUGUCCGAAACGAAUUCCAAAGUGAGGGAAAUAUGCAUAAGGAUCUUUAACAAGUUGGAAAAAAUGAUACAAAAUAGUGAAAUGAAGAAUAUAAGUAGGCAGCUUUUGUUAUGUAUUUACUCUCCAAAUGAUAACCAUUUGUGUGAUUUUUUGGACAUUUUUUCUGCCAUUUCGUUUCAGUACAAAAUUGAUAACAUUUCGCUCUGCCUACUGUUCCCAGUUAUUAAAAAGGGAAUAAAUAACAUCAGAUUGGAUCUGAAGAAGAAAGCUUUGCAAAUUUUAUAUUUCCUAAUUUAUCUGGUAAGCGAUCAGUCGCUGUUCAUUAUUUACUAUGAUAGUAUAUUCAAAAUUUUAAUCGUUCUUUUGAAUGAUGCAAUUCCAGAGAUAAGAUUUUUGACAGCCAAAUCGGUUGGAAAUAUUUGCUACUUCUUAGAUGUGAACAAAAAGCUGUACUACAUUCAGUACAUUUUUAACAUCCUCAUUAAUACCGAAUCGUCGGUAGAGAAGAGCGGCGUCUCUUUAUGCCUGUCAUCUAUCCUAGCCAAGUGCUCAGAGACCAUUGCUGAAAAUUUUAUAUCUACUGUCGUGCGUCUCAUAGAUGUGAAGAAGUACAUCGAGCUGAAGAAUAGGCAUGGGAAGAAAGCAAAGCACAUGGAGGGGAAGAUGAUUAAAAGUGGGAAGAAAGCAGGGAAGAAGGGAGGCAAGAGGGGCUCUGGAAAAGGCUCCAAAUUGGGCGUAAAAGGCAAAGGAGCAAUUGAAUUCUCCAAUGAUGAGGAGGACGAGGAAGAUGGGGUACAGUUCGUUGAUAGCGACAUGGAAGGGGGUGCGUAUUCGACCGGAGAAGGGGAGGAAGACGUCGACUACGAGGAGGAUGACUAUGAUGAGGAUGAUGAUGAGGAGGAGGAUGACGAUGAUGAGGAGGAAGAUGAAAAUGAUGAAGAGGAUGACGAGGAUGAUGAGGACGACCGAGACGACCAGAGCAGCGGGGACGAAAUAUACACCCGCUCGGACGAAAGCGAAGACGACGAUUUUGAAGCGGACGAAGAGGGUAAAUCUUCCAAGGGGAGAAGGUACUACGAAGAGGAGGAAGAGGAGGAAGAAGGAGACGAAGAAGACGAAGAGGACGAAGAGGACGACUCGUUGACCGAAGAAGAAAGCGAUAGUGAUGAUGACGUAUUGAGCAAAAAUGCUGAAAAAAUGUCGACCUACUUGAGUGGACUGUAUUUAAUAGAAAAGAACGAAGAGAAUGAUUAUCGCAUCCAGAUAGAUGACGAUUUGGCAAAUUGGAACCUGAUGUAUGAUAAGAAAAUUAUAAAAAAUGAUAACUCGAAGGAGGGACUAAUUGGCAUCUUCAUAUACAUCCCGGAGUGUGCCCCGAGAUAUACAGAAAAAUUUUUAAAAAAAAUAUUGCAAAAGUUGCUCCUCUGCCUUAACGACACAAGUGAAAAAAUAAGGGACAUAGCCCUGAGGUCAUGCAAGGUGCUGAUCGGUAUAUUCUCCAAAAAUAACACGUCACUCAUUUUGAAGUUCAUCGAAAAUAAGAUAUAUAAUAGCUACUGGAGAAUUAGAAAGGACACAGUACUUUUGCUCAACGUAUUGAUUGAAAAAAAUAUAGAAAUUAAUAAGGAAGAAAAGGACAUAGAAACGUUGAACUUGUUGCACGAGAGGUUUUAUUUCAUGUUAUCCCUCAUAUGCAUUAUGAGAAAUGAUAAGAAUGUAAAUGUGAGGCAAACCGCCUAUAGUAUUUACAAAAACUACGUAAAUAAGAGAAUAUUACAGGAAAUGUGGCCCAUACUGCUAAAGAAAAUCACGCAGAACUUGUCCUCUAGGAGUACUUCAAAGCAAGUGAUCAGCGCGUCAGCAUUGAGCGAUUUAGUUUUCAAGACAGACUCGAAUAAUUUGGAAAGUAUAUUAGAAAAUAUGGUGAACGAGUUUAAGACGACAAAGUAUACUUCCAUCAGAAAAGGAAUCUCUCUCGGAUUUUGUGAAAUUUUUUCCAAAAAUAAGUACCACAACUUGGUUGUUGCACAUGUGCAUAACAUUAUUUAUAUGAUUAAAGAAUUGGCGAAUCACAAAAACACAGGAGAUAAAAUAAAAUUACUCUCCAUGUUGCUAAAAAAUAUUGACCAAGUUGUUUUGAAAGGCAUCAUUAACGACUUUGUCAAUGACGUUAUGAUUGCCGAUGAAAAUAGGAAUAGUCUGAAAAAAUUUACUUCCAAACAGUAUAUCAGUUUUAAGAGCAUUAAAAUUUUCCUAAAUGUGCACACAGAAUUGGUCAUUGAUCUUAUUGUGGACAAAGCCUUGGUACCACCGUACAGCGCUGCGAAGAUGAAGCUGUUGUCCUACGUUUCGUAUGCCAAGUUGAGCAGUUACACCGUCCUGUUUAAGAAACUUGUGAACAUUUUUAUCAAUUUGAUACUGCGCGGACUGAGGGAGUUUAGGAGCCACGGCUUUGACAUGAAAAACUACACCGCAGUUGCGUCGUACAGCAUGGACGAGAACAACCAAGAGGACGGAAAAAAAGAGAUAGUUGCUUCUACGGAGGAGUUAAAAGUGGGUAAGUCGGAUGGGGAAGAGGUGGAGGAAGAGGCGGAUGAAGAGGAGGAGGAAGACGAAGAUGAGGAGGAAGAGGAGGACGACGAGGAGGACCAGGACGACCAGGACGAGGCCGAAGCGGAAGAGGACAGUGGAGCCUUCCAAACGGAUAUGAACAUACAAGAGAUUAUAAUCUCCCUUAAGUGCUUCCUAAAAAAUAUAAGCGACAGAAAUGUGGACACGCUGACGGAGAUCCUCUUUGCGGAACUGCGAAAAAACGACAGCUCGGCGGAUUUGUCCUACGCAAGUUUGGAAAGAUGGGAGGACGAAGAAAAGCGUGCAGAUGGGAACAACGCGCAGGGCGAUAGCGCAGACUUGAGCUGCACGUAUAAUUACGCCAAAAUAUGCAGCGGAGGAAAAUUAGCCGAACUGAAAAAAUUCGAAAGCACAAAGAGAAGUGGAAAAAUGAGGGAAAUCAUUCUGUCCAUUUUUAAGUACAUGUUGGAUAUCAUAAACGAAAGGGACAUCUCUGCACAGAAUAAUGACUCUCCAGCAGUGCACAGUUCGAAUGUGACAGAGCCGAGCAGUAGCCGUAAUAAGGGAAAGCUGCGAGGAAACAAACGGGUGCACAUACUAUACUCGAAUAGAAUAAUUACGUACAUAAGUAUGAUAUCAAAGUAUGCACUUAUAGAUAUCAACAAAAAGGUGCUGGAAAUCGCUUCUAUCAUAUAUAUGUACCUAAUUGAGCUGAUAAAAAUAGAGGAUAGUAACUGCUCCUACGUGGAGACCUUUCAUGGUAUUAUAAAUAAGUAUAGCAGUGAUAGCAAUUUUGUUCAAGUGCCAGAUGGGAAAUACGAAAUUGUAGGGUUAAAUAUGAACAAGAAAUUGUUCGCCUCCUUGGUGGGCAUGUGCACACAUGUAAUUUUGCUGUCGACAAAUCCGAAUGUGAAAAUCAAGGCAAUCGACAUCGUAAGAAUGAUAUUUUUAUAUACCAAUAAGGAGGUAUCGAGUCCUCAAAUUUUGAAGGUAUCUGGAAUUUUAAUAAGAGUGUUAACGAAUAAAUAUAUUGAUCAAGCCAAAAUUUACAUCUUCUCAACGUUCGAAGUACUAAUUAGGAAGGGCAGCAAUUUUAUUCGACCUCUGAUUCCCCAACUGCAAACGUGCAUAAUAAAAUCGCUGAGCAACGAAAAAUUGAAAAAUCAAAUUAUUCACAUUUUGAAUAUCAUUUCGGAGAAGAAACUCUCGAGGGUGGAUUUGCUCAUUAAUGAUUUGCUGAACAAUAUUAAUAUACAGACAAAUCCGCAGCAGUCUGUAACGAUUUUUAUGAUUUUGUCUAACAUUUUGAGCAGUCCAGAUGUGAACAUAAAAAACAUUUUGAACAAAAUUAUUAACUCGGUAAAGCCAAAUUUUGUACAUAGCAAUUGGAACAUAUCUUUUUACGCAUGCAAAAUUUAUGUGCUGUUAAUAUUUUUCCACCUGCCAAAUAAGAGGCAGUAUUUGGAGUCCAUCCUUGUAGCGGAAAAAGCGACGAUCGAUUUUAGCACCUACUAUUUUGUUCUACACAUGAGUGAAAUAAGUAAUUUUUAUGACAUCCUGAAGAGGGAAAAUAUGACGGAGUGUUUUAAGCAGGUGUAUGAACAUAUGCUGAAGGACGAGAUUAACAGUUUGCAAAAUAUUUCUUACCAGAUAUUUUAUAAUAUGUCUAAGCACGAUGACGAGUGUAUUUCCUUUGUGUAUGGCCUGUUUCCUCAUUUGAAGCUACCCCCCAUGGCCGUAAUUUCGGUGGAAAUUCACCGGUACUAUUUUAAGGGCCUGAGGAACAUCUUUAAAAAAUGCCCUGGCAUUUACAAGGAAAGCGAGCUCAACUUUUUGCUCGUCGUGGAUAACCUCCAUCUGGCCCUGUCCAACACGGUUCAAGUGUUUAAGUCACUGGUAAAUCGACUUUUGGCGAAGAAGCAUAACAUAAAAUCGGACUCGGAGUAG